CGCGUGUUUCCUACGGAAAACAUCGAUUUGACGUACUACAACAAAACACCCACAGGUCCUCCAUUACCAUAGACUGUAUACAACAAUUUCGGCAAUAGUUUUACAAUCGUUUAACGUUAUUAUAUACAUGUUGAUUCAAUAGUUGACAAACACGGUCCAGAUUAACGCUAUAUCCUCCAUAAUUCACUUGAUUACAGACAGAUGUUGGCUACCCAGGCUGUCCUGUUUGGCCUGAUGACAGUGUGUGGAUGAGCUGUGUGGCAUAAUGGCUCUGGCUAGAUUAACCUUCAAAACUAUCUCGGGGAUUCACCAUGGGUCGUGUUGGCAUCGUUUUCGGCCCCUGUCAUACGAUUUUGUGAAGGUUUGUGAAAGACAAAGAGAGGACCCUCCACAUUCUAUUCUUUCAAGGAGAAAGUUAUCUAUUCAAAAUGCGUUAUUUCCAUCAUCUAAUCUGUGGAACGCGCAAAGUGGAAGGCGAGGUUUCAGUUUAUCAGCGGCCUCUAUUGUGAACUCUGCACCUGCGCCUGUCCAGCCAUAUUUGCGUUUAAUGAGAUUGGACAAACCUAUAGGGACAUGGCUGCUGUAUCUUCCAUGUACUUGGAGUAUUGCUCUGGCUUCUGAUCCAGGAUGCCUCCCACACUUGGGCAUGCUCACUUUAUUUGGUACCGGGGCACUGCUAAUGAGAGGGGCAGGCUGCACCAUUAAUGAUAUGUGGGAUAAAGACUUUGAUAAGAAGGUGUCACGGACAGCAACAAGACCUAUUGCCUCAGAGGAGAUAUCUCGGUUUCAGGCACUUGUCUUUCUAGGCGGUCAGCUUUCUCUUGCUCUAGGGGUUCUUUUGUGUCUUAACAUUUACAGUAUAGUUCUUGGUGCUGCGUCUUUGGGCCUUGUGGUUACCUACCCACUAAUGAAGAGAAUCACAUAUUGGCCACAGUUGGUAUUAGGUCUCACUUUCAACUGGGGAGCCCUGCUUGGUUGGUCUGCUAUUAAAGGUUCGUGUGAUUGGUCAGUUUGUCUCCCGCUUUAUUUCUCAGGAGUAAUGUGGACACUAAUCUACGACACCAUAUAUGCUCACCAGGACAAAGAUGAUGACAUUAAAGUUGGAGUCAGAUCCACUGCACUAAGGUUCCAGAAUCAAACCAAGCCUUGGUUGAGUGGGUUUGCAGUCGCUAUGCUUUCAGGCCUGGUUGUAACAGGGAUCAAUGCAGAACAGACUCUUCCUUAUUAUGUUGUACUGUCAACUGUGGCCAGUCACAUAGCCUACCAGAUAUAUACACUUAACAUCAACAAACCAGAGGAUUGCUGGAAGAAGUUUGUAUCUAAUAGAAACCUUGGACUCUUAUUGUUUUUGGGCAUUCUAACUGGCAAUUUGUGGAAAUAACAUGUUAAGUAUACUUAAUAUAUAAUACAAACAAUGUAACAUUUUAAUAAAAACUGUAUCUCUGAAAAUGA